AUGACUUGCUCAUCAAACGCAAAAAACCUUGUCGAAUUACUCGACUUACCAGAUGAAAUCAUUUUAGCCAUUAUGAAUAAAAUCAAACCUCGACCUAUAUUACUCUAUUCUAUGAUCGGCAUCAAAAAUAUUCGUUUAGAACAACUUGCUCUUGAACAAUGUCAUUCAAUCGAUCUAACUUCUGAUUGUUUUGAUUCGUCAUAUGAAAUGUUUAUUUACGAAUUCAUAUCAUUUACUUUACCAUAUAUUUUUAAUUAUAUUAAAUCACUUACAAUUGAUAUUGUACACGUACAACAUCUUAAUUACAUUCAAAAAACAAUUUAUGAUGAAAAUUAUCUCAAUAAUUUAAAGCAUUUGAAAAUAAUGGCUGGUCGUUUGCAUUGUGAUACAGGAGGACCUUUUAGAGCAGGCUUUUAUGAUGUUAACAUGGUACGGCGUUAUCCUUUAUUCUCAGAUAUACCUCAACCUUUCUACAUUUCUGGUGGACUUAUUGAACCACUUCUAUCAUUUUAUCAUUCACCAACAAUGUCUUCAAUUAUCUCCUUCGAAUUUGAUCCUGUUUUUUUAUUCAAUCCACCAACUGAUAAACAAUACUUUCCUCAAUCACAUAAUCUCACCCAUAUCAGUAUUACACUUCGUCUAUUCGACGAUUGCGUUCAUUUAUUGAAUCAAAUAGGAGCACAGUUACAUUCAUUUGAUGUGAGCAUAAUGUGCGUUCGUCUAUAUCAAAGAUCAGAUUUAUCAAAAAUAUCAUUGAUAUGUUGUCCUAAAUUGAAAGAAUUAAAAAUGAAAAUAUAUCAAAAUAUUUUCGAAUAUGAACAAUGUAUUAUUUCUCUUUUACAACGUUUAUCAAAUGUCGAACAUUUAACAUUAUUAUUGGCUAUCGAUGUAAAUGAAAAUGGAUCAAAUCAUUUUAUUGAUGGAUCUGAUUUACAACGAGAUAUUAUUCCAUAUAUGUCUAAUUUAUUCCAAUUUGAUUUUCAUAUUCGUUCAAUAUUAAAAAAUGCUGAUCAUAUAGAACUCGAUAAAAUUCGUCAAAGUUUUAUUCAAUAUAAACAAUCUAUUGAUUGUACAAUUGAUUAUUUCAAUAAUCAAUAUAGUCAAUGUCAAAUAUAUUCUCUUCCAUUUAUUGGUACUCGUCUUGAUUUUAUUUCGAAUCGAUUUCCAUUAUUUAAUGUUGAAAACAGAUUUUCAAAUGUUACUAUGUUAAUACUUUUUGAUGAUAUCAAGCCUUUCGAACAUGUUUUUUUUCAACGUGUUGCACGAACUUUACUUCGUCUUAAAGUGCUUGAAGUAGUCAAUCUUCUUGAACAAGAAGAAAAAAAUUCGGCGACAAAUAAUUCUAUUGAAUUUCGUUAUUUAACAACACUUAUUUUGCAUGAUAUUCAUGCGGAUUAUGUUGAACAACUUUUAUGUCGAACUUAUCUUCCAUGUUUAAUCGAACUUGUCAUUCAUAAUGAUCUUUUCUUAACAAUAAUUAAUCAAAAUCAACAACAAGUUAAAGACAAUUGUUCAAAAGUUGAAACUCUUAUUACUGUUGAACCAUGGUACUAUCUGACUGAAGCUAUGGUAAAUUUUUUUCCUAACUUAGUCUGGUUUCAUAAUGGAAGGUUAAAUAAUAGAUUAUUUAUAAAAUAAAAUAGUAAAAGUCAAUUACAAUUAAGAUAAUUAUCAUAUUUUAAGAAAUUUAUUCCACUUAUAUUAUCUUGUAUGUCGAAUAAAAAUAUUUUAUCUCCUCCAUGAUCAUUGAUGAAACGAUGAACAUCGUAUUUAAAAAUAAGAACAUGACAGAUCUUCCAUCUAGAAAUAUUUAAUAAGAAAUUUUUGUUCUAAAUAAUCAAGUAUUAUAGGAUAAUAUUUUAUGAUGAAAGCAAAAUCGGUAUUGCUUCUACUAAUGUUGGUUUAUUAGUAUUAAUAGCUUGUUGUUCAGCUAAAAUAUAAUGGGAAUGUAAUAUUUGGUUAGUAAAAUAAAUGAAACGAGAAGUAAAAUAGUAUACAAUUGGUCAGUAAAAAGAUUGAAUUCUUAUAAAUUUACCUCCAUGUACUUUUAUGUUUCCCAGAAAAGCAAUAUGUUAACUAACUUUUAGAAGUUUUUCAUGCAGAAACAUACUCCAAAAGUAUAAACAAGCAAAAAAGAAUUUAUUUUUCAAGAUGUCAAACUAACUUUUCAAAGUUUUCGAUCAUACAUAAUUCUUUAGUAUUUGUAUUCAGUAGAAGAAAUCUUUUUCUUGUAAAUGUAUGAAUGAAUAAAAAAAAUCUAUAUCUUAAUAUGUUAAAAGAGGUGAAAAUCAUGAAGUUCAAUAUAACAUUAUAAAAGAAUAAUGAAAUGCAUCAAACUAUUGUUUGCCAGCAGUUUGUUUUAAAUCAUUAACUAUUGCUUCAGUUAAUUUAAAUUUUUGAAUUUUUCCUGUUGGUGUCAUUAUAAAUUUAU